ACGUGACGGCCGUGAGUGCGCCAACGUUUUGGUGGCGGCGGGCUAAAACGCUUGUUUGGGUUCGGGGUAUUUUCCGCGGUGGGCUGACCGCGUCAUGGCUGUUCCUGGAGUGAUCCGUAGGUUGGAAGAAGUGGUGGUGAACAGGAUUGCUGCUGGCGAGGUGAUUCAGCGGCCUGCUAAUGCCAUCAAAGAAAUGCUAGAGAACAGUUUGGAUGCCAAAUCUACAAAUAUUCAAGUUGUUUUAAAGGAUGGUGGAUUGAAGAUGAUUCAGAUUCAGGAUAAUGGGACUGGUAUCAGGAAGGAAGAUUUGGAAAUACUUUGUGAAAGAUUUACUACAAGCAAGUUACAGAAAUUUGAAGAUCUUGCCAGCAUCUCUACGUAUGGAUUUAGAGGAGAGGCUCUUGCCAGCAUAAGCCAUGUGGCACAUGUCACCGUGAUGACCAAAACUGCUGAUGCUAAGUGUGCGUUGAGGUGUAGCUACUGUGAUGGGAAAUUGAAAGCUCCUCCAAAACCAUGUGCUGGAAAUCAAGGCACACAGAUAACAGUGGAAGACCUCUUCUACAAUAUCGCUACACGAAGGAAGGCUCUGAAAAAUCCCAGUGAUGAGUUUUCUAAAGUUGUGGAAGUUGUGAGCAGGUAUGCAAUUCACAAUUCAGGAGUGAGCUUCAGUGUGAAGAAGCAAGGUGAAACUGUUGCUGACGUGAGAACGUUGCCCAAUGCCUCAACCCUUGACAAUAUUCGAACAAUCUUUGGAAAUGCUGUGAGCAGGGAAUUAAUUGAAGUGUCCUUUGAAGAACCAAAAUUUGCUUUCAAAAUGAAAGGUUACAUAUCCAAUGCAAAUUAUUCUGUGAAAAAAUGCAUCUUUUUGCUCUUCAUAAAUCAUCGCUUGGUAGAAUCAAGUGCUUUACGAAAAGCAAUUGAAAAUGUUUAUGCAGCAUACCUUCCCAAAAAUACACAUCCCUUCCUAUAUCUGAGCCUUGAAAUAUUACCACAAAAUGUAGAUGUAAACGUCCAUCCAACAAAGCAUGAAGUACACUUUCUACAUGAAGAUAGUAUCAUCGAGAGUGUGCAACAAUAUGUGGAGAGUAAGCUGCUUGGAGCAAACUCCUCCAGAACCUAUUUCACUCAGACUUUACUACCAGGGCCAGUCAUAACAUCCAGUGACAUUGUCAAACCUUUGGCAGCAUCAUCCAUGGUUCCAGGUAUCAGUGACAAACCAUGCCCUCGCCAGAUGGUGCGAACAGACGCCAGGGAACAGAAGAUGGAUGCUUUCCUUCAACCAGUCAACAAGUCACACGCUGUGCUGCCUGCUGUUCCUCCUGCUGCAGACGUACCUAGGUAUCAGGACUCUGAGAUGUUGGAUGCAAGUGACUUUGAAGUACCAUCUGUGAAAGAUGUUGAGAGCGUGGUUAAGACUGUGGAGAAGCAUGUACAUCCCUGUAUUGAAGACUCCUCCAGUGGCUCAUCCAGAAAACGAUCAAGGGCCGAAUUGCCAGAUGAAGAAAAGGAAAUGAACUCCAGUCAUAAUAUGACAGCUGCUCAUCUUCCAAAGAGGCGAAUUAUUAACCUUACCAGUAUACUCUCUUUGCGGGAGGACAUCAACAGUCAAAACCAUACAGGCCUCCAAGAUAUGUUACAGAAUCAUGUAUUUAUAGGUUGUGUGAAUCCUCAGUGGGCAUUGGUGCAGUACCAAACUAAACUUUACCUGAUCAACACUACUAAACUCAGUCAGGAAUUAUUUCACCAAAUCUUGAUCUAUGACUUUGGCAAUUUUGGAGUUUUGAGGUUAUCGACCCCAGCCCCACUGUAUGAACUGGCCAUGAUGGCACUGGAUAGUCCAGAAAGUGGAUGGACAGAGGAGGAUGGUCCUAAAGAAGGAUUAGCAGAGUAUAUUGUGGACUUCCUGAAGACAAAAUCUGAAAUGCUGCAAGAUUAUUUUUCCCUUGGUAUUGAUGAGGAGGGAAACUUAACUGGAUUACCUCUGCUUUUAGAAAAUUAUAUUCCAGCCCUUGAGGGAUUGCCGAUGUUCAUCUUGCGUCUAGCUACAGAGGUGAACUGGGAUGAAGAAAAGGAGUGCUUUGAAACAUUGAGCAAGGAAUGCAGUAUGUUUUAUUCCAUCAGAAAAGAAUACACACUGUAUAAUUCUCCAGUCUUGCUACAACAGCAUGAAGAACUUGGCAGUGACAAGUCUUGGAAGUGGUCUGUAGAACACAUUAUAUCCAAAGCUUUCAGGACUUUGCUCCUUCCACCAAAGCAGUUUGCAGAAAAUGGAUCUAUCCUGCAGCUUGCCAAUUUAUCUGAUUUGUACAAAGUCUUUGAGAGAUGUUGAUCAAUUACUACAAGGAGACAGAGCUAAAUAUCUGUUUAUAAACAGAUUUUAAGUGCUGCAAGUAAUAUUCAUUAUGCCAGUAGUAUUCCAAGUCCGUAGAAUUGUACAGCAUGACAAUGAACUCAUUUGUCUAUGCCAUAUGUGAUGCUUACAGUAAUCCAAUUAGGACUUUAUUUGCCCAAAUGCUUUUCUGGAUGCUGUAAUUGUUUCUGCCUCUUGUAAUUCCUGUCAGUUCAUUCAGGGUCCUAAAUUGAGCGACCUUGAUUUUCCCUCAAGGCAAAGUGUUUUUUUCAGUUGUACAUAAAUCUUCAAAUAAAUCAAACAUUUCUUCAAAGCUUUAAGUGGUGUAAUCAUAUGCUGUAAUAAAUUUUUUCUAACCAUUUAAUUUUUAAAUGCACAACCCAGUGUCAUUCAUUCAUUGUUUCUGAACUCAAUAAACGACAACCCUAAUCUAUCUUGUGCCAUCCUACCAUAAGCAGCAAUGCAUUUGCAUUAUGAUAAUUUUGCACUUGGCUAAUGUUCCCUUCCCACAGUUGAACAGACUGAAAUGAACAAUUUAUAUGCAGAGCAGCAGCAAUUCAGUUUUUUGCGGGUUUCUAUUUGAUAGUUGCAUGUUAAUUGAGUGGUGGAAGUUGCUUGAGCCACAAUGUUGUCUGAUCUUCUGUAAGCAUAAGCACAAAUUAUUAAUGAAGUUACCUUGGGCAGUCACUUUCUUGCACUGAUCUAUAUAACGGCCUUUGACUUAAAAAAAACUGAACAAUAUUGCUCAAAAAGCUGAACAAAGUUUUAUUUGAUUCACAUUUAAGUGGGUCUCUACAUUUUUUUAAAAAAAGCUUGUAUGCUGAAGGGAUAUUUAUCUGUAACAACAUCAGAGGCUGUAAUUGAUCUUGUAAUAAUAAUAAAGAUUUUUACUCUGGUUUUGACAAAAAAUACAUUGAGCUCUUGAUACUUGAUUUCCCUGUGCUUUGAUAGAGAGCAAGAGCAGGGUACAUCAGGGUAUUCAAGUGUCUGAAACUAGUCAAUAUCACAUUGCAGUUUGUGGUAAUUAUGGUAUGCAUAAAUUAUUGCUUUCCUUUGCUAGCAUAAGGACUUGUCUACAUUAUGCAAACUAUUUCCUGUACUUUGAUCAUUUUAGGUUCUUUCCCAAUACUGUAUAUCUUUUCCCACUACCUUGAUUUUCAUCCUAUCAUUAAAAUUUGUUUAAUUCCCUAUGUAAACAGAGCAGAACAUAGAACAUGGGAGCAGAAUUAAGCCAUGUGGCCCAUCAAGUAUGCGCUGCCAUUCAGUCAUGACUGAUUUAUUUUUAUUCCCAAGCCCAUUCUCCUUUCUUUCUGCAACCUUUGAUGAUCUGACUAAUCAAGAACCUAUCAAUCUCUGCUUUAAAUAUAUCCAAUGACUUGGCCUCCAUGGUAAUCUGUGGCAAUGAAUUCCACAGAUUCAACACUGUUUGGCAAAAGAAGGUCCUGAUCUCUGUUCUGAACAGACAUCCUCUAUGUUGAUGCUGUGCCCUCUGGUCCUAGGGUCUCCCACAUCUUCUCCCAAGUACACUCACCCUCAGCCUUUCAGAUUCAGUAGGUUUUAAUGAGAUUCCCCACCCCUCUUGUUUUCUAAGCUCUAAGAGCCAGAGCCAUCAAGUACUUUCUAUCAGGUCUGACAUUCCAGAGGAAAAAAUAUAUAAAUUUGUCCAACCUGUUGGGUUUUUUUAAAACCUAAUAUUCUCCAAUCCAGAGCCAAUAUUUCUCCUUACAGUUUCUUUUUCCUUCCUCUUGUCUCUUCUUUUAUUCCCUACUCCGGCCUCUUAUCUCUUCUCCUCACAUGCCUAUCAUCUCCCCUGCUGCCUCUCCUUCCCUUUCUCCCAUGGCCCACUCUCCUUCUAACAGGUUCCUUCUUCUCUAGCCCUUUUUCUUUCCCAUCCACCUAGCUUCACCUAUCACCUUCUAACUGCACCUUUUUGAAAGCCUAUACAUCCUUCCUAUAAUGCAGAGGUCAGGAUUGCAUAUGAUACUCUGACAUUUACAGUUUUAUACUUACACAAGUCUUACACAGCUGCAAUAUGAUCUUGCACUUAUACCCGAUGCUCUAAUGUAGACAAAUGUGUCACAUCCUAUAUGGUGUGAAUGUAGAACAGUAAAGCACAGGAACAGGCUCUCCAGCCCAGGAUCUGUACUGACCAGUGUCAAUCUAAGAGCCUCUUGAACAGUACAAUCACAACUGUGUGGCUAAGCACAGUUCAAACACAAUCUAUAAAUUCACCAGUGUUGUUUGUAGAAUCACAGAUAGAGACAAGGUGACAUAGAGGAGUCAGAUUGGCUGGUUGAGAAGUGGAAGUUGGGAGAACACACAGCACUCCUCAUUGAGAGGUUUGGUGGAAAGCUGAGCAGCUUCAAGUUCCUGGAUGUCAGAAUUCUGGGCCCAAAAUGUUGAUGCAAUCCCAAAGACACGUUAUGUGCACAGGCUGACUUGAGGAGAGGCCAUGCUGGAUCUGUGACAGAAUUUUGUUGAGUGAGCAGCUCAGAGACAGUGACCACAACUCCCUGAUGCUCAAAUUUCCAUAGACAUACUGUGGAGAGGAUUCUUACAGCUAGCAUCACAACCUGGUCUACAAGGUGCAAUGCACAGGAUUGCAAGAGAACGUAGAUAUGAGGGGUGAUUGAUAACUUCGUGGCCUAGGGUAGAAGGAGUCAAUUUUAGAAAACCUAGCA